AUGCUUUCACUCGACAUAGAUACGCUGACAGAGAAUACUAGCUUCUUACAGUUCAGAAUACAGUACUCGAGUAUAGCCCUACUUUACUAUGACUAUGUAUUGACCUUCCGGUCUGAAGUAAAGUACAUGUGGGGAAGAAAAUUUCGCUUCUCGACUAUUCUUUAUGUGUUCUGCCGAUACGCCCUACCUGCAAAUGUUCUUUACGUAUUCGCAGUUACUGGAAAGUUUUCUUCCAAGACAAGCUGCGAUUCGAUUUACCAGUUUAUUGGCGCUCUUAGUGUCCUUGGGAGAGCUGCAGUCGUUGCCGCUUUGACUGCCCGAGCGUACGCUGUGUUUGGAUGUAAUCACAUCAUUCUCCUCCUACUCGGCCCUAUAGCACUGGCGUGUAUGGCUCUCGAUAUUGCUCAUGUCCCAGGGCUCAGAUGUUCUGGAUCCGUUGACAACUACUCAGUUUCACUUGCAUUGUCUAUCUUAAUGCGUAUAUUCGAGUUUGUAGCAGCCAUCCUAACUACAUUCCGGAGUAUUUUGGAAUUCCGAGUGGGAAAGUCAUGGAGGUUCGAGUCAGGGAGCGUGGCUAUUGUCUGCGUUCAGCAAGGUGUGAUGUAUAUCAUCUUCUCGACUGUCAUCUCCAUCGUUGCCGCCUUUCUGCAAUACCGUGCUCCUGCCGGGUCCAUUUUUCAGCGACUCUUCAACGCUCAUAGCCUACCCUUAUCAUGUCUCUUGACGGCUCGUUUCCUUCUUCAACUUCGUGAAUGGCAAGAGAAAGGUUCUUUCCAUUCUGCAAAUUGCAAUGAUGGGACUGUGAUGAACGGCACGCAAACGACACAACUGCAAACGAUAUCAGCAUUCAGAGCGGUUGAAGCUUUUGAUGCUGCGGUGAUAGAUGACUUCGGUGAUGGGGAAGCUAUGGCAGCGUUACAUAGCAAUGGUGAAUGGGAGUCGGAUGCUUCCCAAGCGUAUAUGGGAGAUGGUGCGAUGGAGAUGGAAGAACGAUAGGUGCACAUAGGGUCUUGAUGUUCAC